AAAAUAAACGCUUAAGUUCGAUGCAGAUGAGCCGAUUUUUGUACGCGCGAUAUCGCUGCAAUCAUAUUAUGUGUGUUUUCGUUGUUUUUAACUGGGAGAAUAAGGAAAGGCAUAUGAUCGUAGCGAUAUUAUGCGGAAAAAGAUGACUCGUCUGCAUCGGAUCUGAAACAGGUGAGAAACGAGUAGCGAGACGCUGAGCCUAGCAUUUAUAAGAUUUUGAUCCUCAUUUUUGAAUGAAUUUUAACUCCAUUGGUCGAGGAUACAAAUGCACAAAUUUUGGCAAUUACACAACAAGUGAUAUCAUAUUCCAGGAAUUUCCCAAAAUUGAUAUUUCGACAGAAUUCUGCUUUGACCCUUAUCUUUUGCCGAUCCCCAGUGCGAAAGCACAUUUCCCCUCUAGCUAUGUAUAUGUACAUGUUGCCCACCAAGAGCACCGGAGAAAUGCGUAUAGUUCGAUUGUCUGCCGCUAAAAGUCCUUCCUAUUAGAUAGCAUUUUUGGGCUGAUGUUAUUAAUAUUGCAUUGGCGAUCUUUCUACUGCUUCCUCUUAACAUAGGAAGCGUAACGUUCGUUUCCGAAUCUAUGUACAUCACUAUUCGCGACAAAUGAUAAAUAUGGCGGCUUGGAUUCCCAAAGUCGUACGGGUGACAAAAUCUACAUACAUUAGAAUCAAAAUGUGGGCCCUGUCACUUAUGCAGUACAGAGCUACGAUUAUUCUUCACAACCAAGGGUUAUUAAAAAUCCUACUAUGGCCAAUUUGAAAAGGGGUACUGGCGGUCGUAGCUCUUUCAAUGGUAUAGUUUGUACAAUAUUUGGAUGUAGUGGUUUUAUUGGAAAUUCCUUAAGUAUUAGACUAGGGAAAACUGGAACUCAGCUCAUUCUUCCACAUAGAUGUGAUCCAUAUCACAUAAGAGAGUUGAAAGUAGGUGGAGAUCUUGGACAAGUCUACUAUCAUCCAUUUGAUCUCAAAGAUGAGGAAUCAAUAAUCAGGAGUAUAAAAUAUUCCAAUGUUGUUAUUAAUUUGAUUGGUCAAACUUAUGAGACGUCAAAUUUCAGUUUUGAUGAUGUGCAUGUAGAAGGAGCAAGAACAUUGGCUAGACUUGCCAAGAAAUGCAAUGUGGAGCGUUUCAUCCACAUGUCAUGCUUAAAUGCGGAAGAGAAACCUACACCAAUGAUAAUACAAGAUGGUUCGAAGAUGUUAAAAUCAAAAUGGAGAGGUGAAGUUGCAGUGAGAGAAGAAUUCCCAGAAGCUACUAUAGUUCGACCAUCAGUUAUAUAUGGACGCAUGGAUAAAUUUGUUAGUCAUUAUAUGAGUGCAGAUAGAACGACCUUCGAAUACAUACCAUUGUGGCACAAAGGAGAAAAAACUGAAAAGCAACCAGUGUACAUUCACGAUGUAAUUUCAGGCCUUGUGGCGAUAAUAAGGAAUCCUGAUACUGCUGGUAAAACUUACCAAUUUGUUGGUUCAGAAAGGUUCAAAUUAAACAAUCUAGUUAAUAUGAUGUUUGAGAUCAAAAUGAAAUACGUCGGAAACAACAUGUUGGUAUCAGAUAUGAAGAUUAACCCAUACUUUUGGUUGAAAACUACAUUUGCAGAAUUGAUUGCUCCAGUACAUCCUACUAUAGAUUUAUCGUGGGAAAUAUUGGAAUUUCAUCAUGCCAGUGAUAAGAUAGACCCAAAUUUACCAACUUUGGAAGAUUUAGGAAUAACACCGGUUGAUUUUAAAAAAGUAAUACCAUGGGAAGUUGAACCAUAUGUAAUGAACAGACUUGAGGCUGAAGAAUUACAGGUAACUGUCCCUCCUGAAGUGAAGUCUGUACCAAAAUAAAGCAUUCACAUUUAGAGCUUAUAGAAAAAAACGAGUGUUCUAAUUUAAAUAAAGAACUAAUAUAAAAUUA